AUGACUAAGUUUGUCCUCACCGGUUCGGAUGGCAACCUUGGCCGUAUCGCCGCCGACUUCGCUCUUGAGAUCCUUAAGCCGGAAGAUCAACUUGUGCUCACCAGCUACAACCUCAAGUUGAUCCCUGAAGACGUCGUUGCCGGUUGGCGUGCCAAGGGCGCGGAGGUCGUGGAAGCCACCUACGACGAUGUUGAAAGCAUGAAGAAGGCGUUCGAGGGUGCAGAGGCCGUGGGCUUCAUCUCGACGUGGCUGUUCGGCGACGGUCGUCGUAACCAGGCCCGCAACGUCUGUGCCGCUGCCAAGGCCGUCGGUGUCAAGCGCGUGUGCUACACUUCGUUCGUUGGUGCUGGCUGCGAGACUGACGUGGAGGAGGAGAUCCCAUUCCUGCCGCGUGACCACCACUUCGUGGAGAAGACGGUCAAGGAGUCUGGACUGCAGUACAACAUCCAGCGUAACUGGCUGUACAUGGACAACAUCCCGACCCUGUUCGCUCCGUCGUGGAAGUUCUGCGGUGACAAGUGGUUGUCCAACAGCCACGGUGUGCCUGGCGCGUACGUCGCACGUGAGGACUGCGGUCGUGUGUUCGCUGCUCUGAUCCUGGGUCGUGGUGAGCCUAACACGGUGUACGAUGUGACUGGCCCCGAGGUCGUCCAACAGAAGGAUCUGAUGGAGUGGAUGUGCCAACAAACCGGUUACAAGUGCGAGUACGUCGACAUGCCCGACGAGGAGCUCACCAAGUGGUGGCUCGACCGCGGUCUGCCCACCGACAUGGCCACGGGAGACUUCUCGCAGCUGCCUAUGAAGCUGUGCAUUGGCGACGCUAUCUGCUGCGGUGAGAUGCUGGGUAACGGGGCCAUGAACUCCGUGUCCGACACCGUUGAGAAGCUGACGGGACGCAAGCCCGCUCGUUACCAGGACUACUUGCUCAAGUACAAGGACAUCUUCCCCAAGCCCGAGUAAAUGUGAAGAUAUAGUUCUUCGAGACACAAGAAUCGACAAACAUACUAGAAUAAUACAGUGUCCAACUUCAGAGUUUGUUCGUGAAAAAAUCGGUAGAACUGUGGUGGCA